GUUCAUGGUCCAGUCGCGCGCCGAUAACCGACCCGCCUUCGACGUCGUCAUAGUGCGUUCGGCGCGUCUGCCCUGCCUCCCACCCCCCGACGACAUGGGAGAGGGUCGUGGAGGGCCGCCGAGUCCCUUCCGACCGGUUCGGACGUAGCGUUGCGCAAGCUGUAGUAUUGAAACUAGGCGACAAAAAAAAAAGAAGACUGAUCCGCCAAUUUCAUCACCUGGCUGAAAAAUAAUAAUUUUGUGACGGAUAAUUUCACCGACUCAAGUGCUUCCGAAGGUGUUUUAUUAUUAUUAUUUCUCCGUCAAACGGAAGACGUGUGGUCCAAGCCUGUGUUCGAUUCGGUGACACGGAAACCAGUGAUCUCGUGCGUGCGUUGUUGAUUUAAGUCGGUUCCGAACGAAACAAAAUAUUUUCUCAAAACGGAAUAUACUUAAGAUCCCAAGUUUAACGUGUGCAGAGUGUGUGCGUGUGUGUGCGUGUGUUUUUUUUUUUUUUUUUUCCUUCCUUCGCGUGAACGAGAAACCAGACCAGUCGGGAAGCGAAGAGGCGCCAGAGACGUGCGGCCGAAGCGCGGCCGCUGUCCUUACAGAAGAAGCCUUUCAGACCACCGGAGGACUCCUGGAGGUUCUCCGCUGCUGAUUCGUCAGAAUUACAAUAGAAGGUCUGAGUGCGCACACCGUGAAGAUACGAGAGUUGCAACUGGGCCGCAGAAGGGCACCAUGCAGGUGCUGGAAGUCCAGUUCCGUGGUGUGCUCGCCGGCGGCUGUGCGGCUGAGGAAGGAACGCGGAACGGACCGCAAGGGCGUCUCCUGGCCAACGGCAGCAGCAGCAGAAGGUAGAGAAGCGCGAGCGACGCCGCAGCCGCCGGGUCAUGGGUGUCGUCGGGACGGACUACUCGCCCGACGCCUUCGACCUCGCCAGCUGGCGCCUUCGCCCUCCGCUGGACGUCAUGCUGGCGCCCGGUCCCGCCAACCUCACCAACUCCACGGGCAACUCCACCGCCGGCUACGACCGGGACGAGGCCCUGGCCCGCGGCGAGUUCGCCACCUUGGCCGUCAUGUUCGUCGUCGCGGUGGUCGGCAACGCGUGCUUGCUGUACGCGCUGUGCGCGCGCAGGAGGGUCAAGAAGUUCACGCGCAUGUACUUCUUCAUCCUGCACCUCAGCAUCGCCGACCUCAUCGUGGCGAUGUUGAACGUGAUGCCGCAGCUCGCCUGGGACAUCACCUACAGGUUCAAGGGUGGGCAGGUGCUCUGCAAGCUCGUCAAGUUCCUGCAGCCGCUGGGCACCUACCUCAGCUCCUACAUCCUGCUGGCCACGGCGCUGGACCGCUACCGCGCCAUCUGCCAGCCCAUGAGCUACUGCUCGUCCGACUCGAGGAGGUCGCGCUUCAUGGUGGCGGCGGCCUGGUGCGCCGCCCUCCUCUUCUGCAUACCGCAGGUAAUAAUAUUCUCGUACCAGGAAGUUUCACCGGGAGUAUACGACUGCUGGGGCACCUUUGCUGAAGGCUGGGGCGAGCGGGCUUAUGUCACCUGGUACAGCGUGUCGGUGUUCAUCGUGCCGCUGUGCGUGCUGGUGUACACGUACUCGUGCAUCUGCCGCGAGAUCUGGGAGCGGUCCGGGUUCCGGGCGGCGCACGCGGCGCGCUCCUCGCCGCUCAAGAUGAACCCCAGCGUGUCGCGCGCCAAGAUCAACACCGUCAAGCAGACGGUGGCCGUCAUCCUGCUCUACAUCGCCUGCUCGCUGCCCUUCAUCGGCGCGCAGCUGUGGUACGCGUGGGACCCGCAGGCCAACGAGAACGACUUCUUCAAGGGAGCGGCGUUCACGAUCCUGGUGCUGCUGUCGAGCCUGAACAGCUGCGCCAACCCGUGGAUCUACCUGGCCUUCAACAAGGAGCUGGCGAGGCUGCUGGUGUCCUGCGGCGACCCCAGGACGCACGCCGACCUCAUGGGCGGCAGCGGCUCGUCGUCCACCAGCUGGCGCAACUCGCGCGUCUACCGCCUCGUCAGCGGCUCCGCCUUCCGCCACCGGGAGUCGUCGCGCGAGCGGAGAUGGGCGAUGGCCAUGCCUACUAAGAUCCCAAUAGCAACGGCGCUUAUGGCGGGGAGGAACCUGCCGUCCACGUCCCAAGAGCCGUCGUAGCGCUGAAGUUGCCGUUCGGGACGAAUCGUGAAACAGGACAAGAAACAGCAGAACAAUAUUUGCGUACGAAAAAAUGUUUCAUCUGUUCUUGAAGACUGGAACUUUCCUUCUGCAGGAGACUUGAGUGGUUGCGAUAGGUACUUACUCGACGGCGUGGCUGAAACGAAGUCAAAACACAAUCUGCCUUAUUUCCUAUUUAUAUAAAAAUAAGUAUGUACAGUUAGGCUGUGAUAACACAUAUUUGAUACGCGAGUGUGUUUGUGUGUGCUUGUUUGUGUGUGUAUGUGUGUGCAAUUUUGCGUCUUUCUUCCAUACGCUUUGGAGAACCUCGGCAGGUGCAAAUCAGACUCAACACGUAUACUUAGAGCCUGAGAAAUACGCUUAACUUUUAAGUUUUUAAAACAUUAGAAUGUAAUAUGUGUUCAACACCCACCUAUUAAAAUUAUCAAGUGUGAACCACACUUCGGCUCUUAUUUAUAAAAUUGGGCAAUUAUUUUGUAAAAAUUAAUAAAACUUGCUUGAAACAUACAUACUGUAAUUGUUUUUAUGUCUAGAUGUAUGAAUUGUUUUGAGGAACAAAAUAAAAUGUAUAUCCAAAUAAUA